AUGGCUGCCAGUCGCAUGGCCCUCGCACGGGCACUCAUCGAGUACGACAACGACAGCGACGACGAGGACACCCGCAAGGACUGGCGCCAGUCGGCCAUCUUCAUCCCCUACCACAUAGCACAGCAGGAGGCCAGGCGCCAGCAGAUCCUCUCCCAGCCUGCCCCUGUGCUUCCAAGCCCGCUCGAGGCCACCUUUCCUGGCGACAAGACACCCACCGCCCCGGCCCACCGCGCCCCUUUGCCUCUCCCAGCCCCUCAGCAAGUCGGGGAUGGAGAAGACAUUGCAGACGUCAGAGACUGGGGGAUUCCUUCUCAUCUCGUAUCUGCCAAAGCCGGCCUCCCGCCCAGGCAACGCGUCGUCUCCCGACCAGUCCCCCACCCCGUACCCCCGCACACCCGUGCCCAGUCGCAACACGCCUCCGAGCACUUUCACGACGACCCGCAGCGCACAACACAUGGCGACAGGCGCGUGUCUCUGGAUCAGUACAGCAGCACGGGGCAGAAUCUGGAGAGGCGUGAGAGGAGUCGGACACUCGUGGGGCGUCCGCAUAGUGCUAUGGGCCUGCAGAAUACCAUGCGCCCAGAGGUGCGUGACAGAAGGAUCUCCAACCCCGUCAUGAUUCCUCUCCCCAGCUCGCCUUCCCCUACCACCACGCUCCUUCCUCUCCCCUCCCUCAGCCUGGGGUUUGACACGGGACUUGGGGAUGAAGAGGAGGUUAUUGAUGAUGGGCGGCCGAACCCCUUUGCGGUGGCUGCUCCGCGUCCGGAAAUGGGCUCUCGCUUUGACCCAAAGGUGCUGCAGGAACAGAGAAGGUCUAUCGAUAGCACUCGCAGUAUAGUCGCUCCUCGACCUCCCAGUCUUGCCUUGACACUUGACGGCAACCAGCCUCAGUCUUCCGACUAUCCCCGCCAGUCUUCAGAUCUGUCCAGUCGUCGAUCAACCGAUUUACCCCAUCUUUCCCGUCCUUCGCUGGAUUCCUAUCACUCUUCUCCCAUUCUCGAUUUCCCUCGCGGGGAAGAGUACGACGAGAUCCCUACGCCCCAAGCAUUCGGCCGCUCGCUCAUGCCUUUGCGGUAUGCUCCCAGCGCUGUCAAGCGUAUGAACCGCAACUCUCUCCGACCAACCAUCCUCGUCAUGCCCUCUCCCCUGGCCGAUGCACCUUCUGCAGGCUAUGAACAGAAAACCCGAGACGGAUUCGUCCUCGGCGAGAAGCCUCUACCUGCAGACGCCAAAACCCAAGGCCGUCGGCCCGGUAUCCCUCUAAGCCUUAGUCAACGCACGUUCAGAAGCAGUCUGAUGAUUGACGGGCGGAGGGAAGAUCCAGAGUGGAUCGGAGGGGCAGAGAAGGAUGGGGAGAUUGGGGUGGAGAGGCGGGAUACGAGUGAGGCGUUUUUGGAGAAGAAGGCUGGGAAGCUGUAUGGACAGAGUUUGAUGGAUGAGUUGGAAGCUAGGAAGAGUAAUAUGAAGGGGAGAUCAAGGACGUUCAUGGGCGAUUCUCGACCUGCGAUGAUGUCUCGCUCCUCCAUGCAUAUCGACUCUGCCUCCCUAUCACCCACCUCCCCAUUGUCUGCGACUAGUAAACGGCCUGGAUCAUUCCACCCCGGCGGCCGUCAGCCGCUCUUGCGUAUAAACUCGAACGAAGAAGACAUUUACGCGCUCGAAGCCCCGGGUAUGAACUCGAGGGAAAACAAGUCGCAGUCGGUCUUUGGGGUGGACCAUAUCUGGGAAAGGGAGAUGGUCAAGCUGCGGCAGCUGCAGGAGCAAGAGGCAAGGCUACAAAAGGCGAAUCAAGAGGAGAGAAGGAGGAAGGAGGAGGAGGAAGAAGGGAAGAAGAAGAAGAGAAAGAGUAGGGCCAAGUCCAAGUUGAGUGAAGAGUGGUCGAGGGAAGAUUGGGAAAAGGUGGAUGAUCCGGCCAAACAAGAGCCAAUUGUUGAGUCUCUGCAGGAGACAGCAAGUUUCAGAGAGUCGAUCAAGGAACGGGACGACAAUUAUUACAUCGCGGAAGGCUCUGUCGCGGGCAGUCCUACCCCCGAAGAGCCCGUGGUGGAAGAAGAUUCAGACUCUGACGACUCGGAGGCGAAUGUCCCUCUGUCAAAACUUGCCAACAAGUCUGCGUCACUACGCUCGCCCUCUGUCCAGAACGCGUCUGGGUCGGCUUCAAUCAUCCAAUCGAGCGCUUCAGCUUUGGUGGUAGAGGACGACGACUCGGACGAAGACGUGCCACUUUCCCGCCUGGCUCGCAAGUCACCUUCGGUCUCUUCCUCUUCUCAACCCCGUCCACCCACCACAUCUGAACCCCUCCGCCUCUCUCUCGGCUCCCCAACGCCUUCCAAAUCGUAUUCAGAAGAGUACGGCGCAGAAGAAGACGACUUGCCUCUUGCUAUCCGCCAAGCCCAAUCCAAGGGGCUGAAACCGCCCACAAGGGCAGAAGUGGUAGAAGAUGAUCUACCGUUGGGGUACAAACAUGCGGAUGUUGUGCAGCGGCAGAUGCAAAAGAGGAACGUCAAUGGGGUGAGCGCUAUGAGCGGGAUGAGUGGGCAGGGGAGCAUGUUUGGUGCACCGCAGAUGGGCAUGGGUAGCCCGUACAAUUCCGUGUGGGGUAUGCCCCAGAUGCCGAUGGGUCAGAUGCCUAUGGGAAUGCCCUACGGCCAACCUAUGGGCUACGGCAUGGGUAUAGGAAUGCCUUCGAUGGGGAUGAUGGGGCAAAUGGGCCAAAUGUCGGUGCCGAACCUUGCGGGGCCGGGGAUGAUGGCAGGUGAUGGGAAUGAGGGGCCUGCGGCGAAUAUCGAUAGCUGGAGGCAUGAGGUGCCGUUGGGAGUUGGGUCUGCGAGGUCGGGAGAGGGGAGUGUCUGA